AUGUCGUCACGAAAACCCGCCGAAGUGGCGUCCAAGGAGCGCAACGAAUACAUUCCAUCCUUCAUUUCAAAGAAACCCUUUUAUGUCGAUGAUGAAACUGGAAAUGAUUACCUGGAGCAUCAGCGUCUACAGAAGACUAGUGCCGAUCAAUCAAAAUGGUACGACCGUGGCAAGCGCGCCGGCCCUGCGGCAACCAAGUAUCGGAAAGGCGCGUGCGAAAACUGCGGCGCAAUGACACACAAGACCAAAGAAUGCCUCAGUCGACCUCGAAAGCAAGGCGCUCGCUGGACGGGCAAAGAUAUUCAAGCAGACGAGCUUGUCCAGGAUGUCAAUAUGGGUUGGGAUGCGAAACGAGAUCGGUGGAAUGGAUACGACGCCAGCGAAUACCGUGAGGUAGUGAAUGAAUACGAAGAGCUUGAAGCGAUGAAGAAAGCCGCAAAAGAUGGAGCCAAUCUGAAGAAACUUCUGGAUCAGGAGGAUGGAGAGGACGCCGAUGAGGAUAUUCGUUACGCAGAAGAAUCCGACAUGGGACGACAUCAAAGCACAGCCACCCGCAAUCUACGUAUUCGAGAAGACACCGCCAAGUAUCUAUUGAAUUUAGAUCUCGAUUCCGCCAAAUACGAUCCGAAGACUCGCCGCAUGGUGGAUAUGGGUGCGCAAGAAGAUCAGGCCUCUGCGCUGGUUGCGGAGGAGAACUUUGUCCGCGCUUCCGGUGAUGCUGCUGAGUUUGAGAAGGCUCAGAAAUAUGCAUGGGAAUCUCAGGAGAAGGGCAAUGCGCAGAUCCAUCUUCAAGCCAACCCGACAUCAGGAGAAGUGCUUCGAAAGAAAGAGCAGGCUGAAUCCGAGGCCAAGCGUACAGCCUCGCGGAAAGCCCUCUUGGAUAAAUACGGAGGGGGUGAGCAUAUGGAAAAGACUCCCUUGCGUGAUACCAUGGUGGUCGAGAAUGAACGAUUUGUGGAGUACGAUGAAUCCGGUGCCAUCAAGGGUGCGCCCAAGAAGGCUACCAAGUCCAAAUACGCAGAGGAUGUCAUGGUCAACAAUCACACUUCAGUCUUUGGCAGUUGGUGGUUUGAAUUUAAGUGGGGAUACGCAUGCUGUUGCUCUACAGUUAAAAACAGUUACUGUACUGGCGAGGAUGGAAAGAAGGCUUUCCAGGAGGAGGGCAACAUGCUGCUGCUUGAUGCCGAGGAGGCGCCAGAUCAUGCUGAACCUGAGCCUGAGCCCACCAGUGAUCGCAAAGAUGAAAGCGCUCAGGCAAAUGUUAAGAAGCGCACAUUAGAGGAGUUGCAGUCUGGAAUCACCGAGGAGGAGCUGGACUCCUACAAGCGAAGCAGAAUGGCCGCUCAGGAUCCAAUGGCGAACUACGUCGACGAAGAAUAA